GGGAGGGUGGUCCCGGCCAUGACGGCGGAGCUGCAGCAGGAGGACGCGGCGAGCGCGGCGGAGAGCCACGGCUCGAGCUGCCAAAUGCUAUUAAAUCAACUGAGGGAAAUCACUGGAAUCCAGGACCCCUCCUUUCUUCAUGAAGCUUUGAAGGCUAGUAAUGGUGAUAUAACCCAAGCAGUAAGCCUUCUCACUGAGGAAAGGGUUAAAGAACCAAGCCAAGACACCAUUGCUGCAGAGCCAUCAGAAGGAGAAGGGAGUGCUGCCAACAACGUAGUACCAACAAAAGUAGUUGAUCCAAUACAUGAUAAUAAAGAUGAUCUUCAGGCAGCCAUUGCUUUGAGUCUACUAGAGUCACCAAAAAUUCAAGCUGAUGGAAGGGAUCACAACAGGACUCAUGAAGCAACUACUAUUGAAAAUAAACGUUCAAAGAGGAAGCGCUGUGAAGUCUGGGGAGAAAAUCCCAACCCCAAUGACUGGAGGAGAGUGGAUGGUUGGCCAGUUGGACUUAAAAAUGUUGGCAAUACCUGUUGGUUUAGUGCUGUUAUACAGUCUCUCUUUCAACUAUCUGAAUUUCGAAGGCUUGUUCUUGGCUAUAGUCUUCCACAAAAUAUACUUGAAAAUUGCCGAAGCCACACAGAAAAAAGAAAUAUUGUGUUUAUGCAGGAACUUCAGUAUCUGUUUGCUUUAAUGAUGGGAUCAAAUCGUAAAUUUGUAGACCCUUCAGCAGCCCUGGAUCUCUUAAAGGGAGCAUUCCGAUCAGCUGAUGAACAGCAGCAAGAUGUGAGUGAAUUCACCCACAAGCUCCUAGAUUGGCUGGAGGAUGCAUUCCAGCUUGCUGUUAAUGUCAACAGCAGUCCCAGGAACAAAUCCGAAAAUCCAAUGGUGCAGCUUUUCUAUGGCACUUUCCUGACUGAAGGGGUUCAUGAAGGUAAGACCUUUUGCAACAAUGAAACUUUUGGCCAGUAUCCCCUUCAGGUAAAUGGUUAUCGGAACUUGGACGAAUGUUUGGAAGGAGCCAUGGUAGAGGGGGAGAUCGAGAUGCUUCCUCCUGAUCAUUCAGUGAAGUAUGGACAAGAGCGAUGGUUUACAAAGCUACCUCCAGUACUGACCUUUGAACUCUCCAGAUUUGAGUUCAAUCAAUCCCUAGGUCAACCAGAGAAAAUUCACAAUAAGUUGGAGUUUCCUCAGAUUAUAUAUAUGGAUAGGUAUAUGUAUAGCAGUAAAGAGCUUAUUCGAACUAAGAGAGAACACAUUCGGAAGCUGAAAGAGGAAGUUAAGUUUCUGCAGCAAAAGUUGGAAAGGUAUGUGAAGUAUGGCUCUGGCCCGGCUCGAUUCCCACUCCCUGACAUGUUGCAGUAUGUCCUUGAGUUUGCUAGCACCAAGCCUGCUGAGGAAGUGCCUCCCUCGGGCCGUGCCUCAUCUCUCCACUGCCCAAUUUCUGACCUGACAGCCAAGAAGAGUAUUAGAGCAGAUGAAUAUUCUGGCAAAGCUGAAGUUCCUCUGCCCUCUUUGGAAAAAGAUAAUUUACUACAAACUGAUCUGAUAAAUAAGCCAUUUACAUCGUCCCGACCUUCAGUGAAAAUGCCUGAGCACCCAGCUCCACGAACAAUCACUGAGGAGGAAAUGAACUUUGUUAAGACCUGUCUUCAGAGGUGGAGGAGUGAGAUUGAACAAGAUAUACAAGACCUGAAGAACUGUAUUGCAAAUACUACCCAAACCAUUGAGCAAAUGUACUCUGAUCCCCUUCUUCACCAGGUGCCUUAUCGCUUACAUGCAGUUCUGGUUCAUGAAGGACAGGCAAAUGCUGGACAUUACUGGGCCUACAUUUAUAAUAGACCCCGAAAUAUUUGGCUCAAGUACAAUGACAUCUCUGUGACUGAAUCUUCCUGGGAAGAACUUGAGAGGGACUCCUAUGGAGGCCUGAGAAAUGUUAGUGCUUACUGCCUGAUGUACAUUAAUGACAAGCUGCCCCACUUCACUGCAGAAGCGGCAGCAACUGAGCCAGACCAGAUGUUGAAAGAGGUGGAAGCCUUGUCUGUGGAACUUAAGCAUUAUAUCCAAGAAGAUAACUGGAGAUUUGAGCAGGAAGUUGAGGAAUGGGAGGAGCAACAGUCUUGCAAGAUCCCUCAGAUCGAAUCCUCUGCCACCUCUGAGUCACAGGAUUUCUCAGACACUUCACAAGAGCCAUCCCUGACUGCUUCUCAUGGUGUUCGGUGUUUGUCAUCUGAGCAUGCUGUGAUUGCAAAGGACCAGACAGCCCAGGCUAUUGCCAACACAGCAUAUGCAUAUGAGAAAAGUGGUGUGGAAGCAGCUCUGUCAGAGGCAUUCCAUGAAGAGUACUCCAGGUUGUAUCAGCUGGCCAAAGAGACCCCUACUCCUCACAGUGACCCUCGGCUCCAACAUGUCCUGGUAUACUUUUUUCAAAAUGAGGCUCCCAAACGAGUGGUGGAGCGGACUCUUCUGGAACAGUUUGCGGAUAAAAACCUCAGCUAUGAUGAAAGAUCAAUUAGUAUCAUGAAGGUGGCUCAAGCUAAACUAAAGGAGAUUGGCCCAGAUGACAUGAAUAUGGAAGAAUACAAGAAAUGGCAUGAAGAUUACAGUUUGUUUCGCAAAGUAUCUGUGUAUCUUUUGACAGGCUUGGAACUCUAUCAGAAUGGAAAGUGCCAUGAAGCUCUUUCCUACUUGGUGUAUGCAUACCAGAGUAACGCAGCCCUGCUAAUGAAGGGGCCUAGCAGAGGAGUGGAGGAAUCAGUGAUCGCUUUGUAUCGAAGAAAAUGCCUUCUGAAACUGAACAGUAUGGCAGCUUCUCUGUUUGAAACCAAUGAGGAGCUCAAUGUGACUGAAGGCAUCAAUGUCAUGAAUGAGUUGAUCAUUCCCUGCAUUCAUCUCAUCAUAAAUAAUGACAUCUCGAAGGAUGACUUGGCUGCUAUUGAGAUCAUGAGGAACCACUGGUGCUCUUACCUUGGGCAGGAUAUUGCUGAAAACCUCCAGCUGAGACUUGGGGAGUUUCUCCCCAGGCUUUUAGAUCCCUCUGCGGAAAUCAUCGUCUUGAAAGAGCCUCCAACCAUCCGCCCCAACUCCCCCUAUGACCUCUGCAGCAGGUUUGCUGCAGUCAUGGAGUCCAUCCAGAGGGCUUCAGCUGUGACGGUGAAGUAAGCCUCUUUCUGCUCAUGGCCCAACAUGGUCUCUGGUCACCCAACUGCUGCACAGAAUCAUCUUGUCACAGUUUUCACCUCAGGGAGGGAAAUAGUUGGACAAGUGAGAUUUGGAUCCAACCCCAACUGUACUGUGUGUGUAGAGGAUUAAAAGCAAUAUUGCACUUUUAGGUACACAGUUUUAAGAGCUAUUUUACAGCAAGGGGCAGGAACCACUACUAAGGUCACAGCUUCUUACAGGGGACAUCAUGUGCCCUUUGUACGUACAAAAAUGCUUGGGCUUGUCUAAGCCACUUGCCACUUUUUUUUAAUGUCCUCCAGGCAUAAAUGUUUUUGACAGCAAAGUAGAAGAGUGAUUCAGAGCCUAACUCAGAUGAGCAGCUACCAGUUAUUUUAUCAAAUACGCACAGUAGACACCUUUAAAAUUCUUAAUUGCAAGAGACAGGAAAAAAAAACACCUGCCAAUGUUCUGUCAGGAGGUGUCAGAGUUGGGUUGCUGAAGAGCCAUUGGCCUCUAGGUGUAGGAUAGCACAUGGAGCUACUGUGCGUGUCACUGAGAUCACUGGAAAAUCAUAAAGGGAGGGUGCCUCCUUAUUUUUUCCCCCUUUUUUUAUUUUGUGAAAUAAAUCAGAAAACCUCAUACUUGGCUCUGAUUGAGUGAAAGAGACUAUGUGGAACAGCAUUUAAAGCUUGACUACCCACAAUAGUAUUUUGAUGAUAGUUUACCAUUUAGAGAUUUUCUAGCAUCUGGAAAUAUUUUACUGAUAUCAAUAGUAGGUGUCCAGAGUGGAUGAAAGCACAAAUGAACAUUUUUAUCUUUUUUUUUUUUCUAAAGGAUGGGUAUUGUGGAAGAAAAAAUUCCUAGUUCACCAUUUUUUCAAAUCCCCUGUUUGGGUAUUGUGUUUUAACCAAAUUGUAAGGAUAAAUGGCUAAGAGAUGGGAGGGAAGAACACUUGAUACAACUAUGCAGAUUUUAUAAA